AGGAGAAGAAGAAGAAGAAGAAGUAGUAGUAAAGGAAGGUGAAAAAUGGCAGAAAAAGGCGGCGGACUGGCUCGGACGGUGCUGCAGCAGUGUUUACACGCCAGACUGCAGGUUCAAGAAGCGGAUGAACAGCUGGAGGCUCAAUACGCCCAGAUCAACAGAGGAAUGGUGAUCUACGUCUGCUUCUUUAAGGGAGCCACAGAUGACAUCCUGCCAAAGAUGGUGUCCACGCUGCUGAACCUGCGGUUGUGCGAGCUGCCUUCUGGAAAGAGGGUUUCAGUGUUGGAGCUUCCUGGUAGCCUGUUGAUCGUCCCUCAGGCCACACUGGGUGGAAAAGCCAAAGGGAAAGGCAUGCAGUACCACAAUAACAUCAGCAAAGAGGAUGGACUGAAGCUUUACAGCUCCUUCAUCUCGCUGUGUGAGAAAGAACUGAUGACUGCUGCUGGAGAGACUGGGAGGGAAGCUGAGGUGACUGUGAGACAUGGAACAUAUGGACAGAGACAGGUGCUUCAGCUGGACACUAACGGACCAUACACACAUCUCAUGGACUUUUGAUAUGUUCUAUUUUACAAGGCUGACGGAGAUGGUGUUAGUCUGUGAGUUCAUGGAAAUGUAAAUCUUGUGUGGUCAUAAAAAAAAUGUUAAGAAUUGUUUGGCUUUUAAAAUAAAAGUUUCACUUUUA